CGAACUGUUUGUUAUUAUUUACGUUUUCUCACUGUUUUGUGAUUGAUUUUCGGUGAUUUUUGGACGUAGUUUCUCGCGAUUUGAGUCAUCAAAUAAUUAAGAUAAUCGUGAUUAGUUUUUCCCCCAAAUGUGAAGAUGUCACCCAGCUCCUGUCUAACGUGUACGAAAGAUACGGUACCGGAUGAGUUCAUCUAUAUCGGGAGCACCGGAACGGCACGGGAUGCCGUGGUCAAACAUUUCUGGUUCAAUGAAGACGAAAGUACCAACGCGGCUCUUUGCCAGCUGUGCUGGAAGAAAAUCGACGAGUUCCAUCAAUUUUACUGCGAAAUCGAAAGGAUACACUCUCUGGAAAGCAGCCACCCGCUCCAGUUGUUGGAAAUCAAACAGGAACAAGAGUUUGCCGAAGUGCUAAAUAUGGAAAUCAAAAACGAGUUAGGUGUAGAGUUCGACGAUGGCGAAGCCACGAACUCGAGUAGAAUCGAAGAACUUGGUGAUCAAGUUACGAAUGAAAGUCGGGCUGACGAUAGUGACGAAUCGGACGAGUACUGUCCAAGUGAAAAGGAGGACCAUGAAGAAUCUGACCAAGACGAUGUACCCCUAGAUAGGAGAAAAGCUCGUAAAAAGCCCACCACCUUGAGGGCGGACAUCCUGGCCAAGGUGGACAAGUACGCUGCGCAGCACGUUACCUUGGAGUGUAGCUUUUGCGCGGUGAAAUUCCCCACCUUCGAUCGAUUGCAGACGCAUUCCAAGAAGGCUCACAAGAAGCAAACGACCGUCCUAUGUUGUCGGAAGAAAUUCUGCCAACGGGGUCGAUUCUAUGAUCACAUUCGCGUCCACCUGAACCCGGACCAGUUCCAGUGCGACAAAUGCGACAAGCGAUGUCCUAGUUCGGAAGCUCUGAAGAGUCACGUGGACAUCAAGCAUGCCGCCGCGAAGAGCUUCCAGUGCGAAGAGUGCCCUAAGCGGUUUGCACUGAAAAGUUUGGUCGUUGCACACGUGAAGAAGUGUCAUUCGGAACCUCAGAAGGACUCGGAAUCGGAAGAAGGCGAAGAUGAAGCGGAGUCGGAUGAAGCGAAGGCGCAAGCGCUCAAAGACGAAGAGUUCAUCCUGGCAAACAUCGCACUCGAAUGUCACGUUUGCAGCCUGAAGCAUAGCACGUAUCAGGACUUUCUCAAACAUUCCCAGGCAGCUCACGGCGAACACGCGGCCGUCUACUGCUGUAACUAUAAGCUAACCAGGAAGCCCCGAAUCAUCGACCACAUUAUGUACCACAAGGAUCCGUCGCGGUACCGAUGCGACAUUUGCUCGAAGCAGUUCAAGCACAGCAUAGCGCUAAACCGGCACAAGGGCAUGAAGCACACCCAAGAGGAAGCCAAAACGUUCCAGUGCAGCAUGUGCCCGAAGGCGUUCGCCGAGCGACAGUUUUUGCACGUGCACGAAAAGUACCACCGCAAGAUGAGCGAGAAGAACUUCCGGUGCGAGUUCUGCGACAAGUACUUCGCCUUCGAGUCGAUGCUGAAGCAACACGAGCGCCUGGUACACACCAAGGAGUGUCACUUUGUGUGCCACAUUUGCGCCCGGGGCUUCCAGGCGCUGUCGUCGUACUCGUCGCAUUUGGCGUCACACGACGAGGAAGCCAAGAAGGAGAAACCACCGGAGGAGCGGCUGCAGUGCUCCGUUUGCAGUAUAUGGGUGAACAAGCAGAACUACCGGAAGCACCUGCUCCUCCACUCGGGCACCCAAAAGUGCGACGUCUGUGGGCAAGAGUGCAAAAACGUUAUGGCCCUACGGUACCACAAGGCGCAACAUCGGCGGGGUGACUGCAGUUGUUCCGUGUGUGGGAAAACGUUCAAACGGAAGUUCUCGCUCAAGGAACACAUGGCGUCGCAUACGGGUGAAGUGCUGUAUCAUUGCGAUUUUUGUACUAGGACGUUCAAUUCGUCCGCCAAUCGGGCCUCCCAUCGAAAGAAGAUGCACCCGAAGGAGUGGCUGGAGGAUAAACUGCGGAAAAAUCCGAACAUGCUGAAGGAUGGACAACAGUAGGUUGCGUGCGAGCAGGCGGGAGAUACAAUAUGAUGUAGGUUUGUGGCGGUAGAGGUGUAGAGAAUUUAAAAUGAUGAAAUAUAUCACUUGAUCCAAUCACAAAA